CGAUAUAUUCGCCGAACCCCUCAAAGCCCACGCGGGAGUUCGGCACGCUGCAUCAAAGCCGACGCACCGCAGACUGCUUCGCUGAAUCGUAUUCUCAACAGUUCUCACCGCGACACCGCCCAUCCUCUCUCCGACAUCGAUUCGCGCCGAGCCGCCGACCACCUGCCGCCGUCUCCUCCUUGGUCCCAGCCAUGGCCGGCGGCGACGGCGAUCGGCAUCGCGCGCCGAAGCGGCACAAGUCCUCGACGCCGUCGAAAGCGGCCCUGGUGGACGAGAGCGCCGAGUUCGACUACGCUGAUGACUUUGAUGACGACGCCCACGAUGCUGAUACGGAGGUUAAGAAGAGGGAUUUUACGAAGCUCGAGUUGAAGGUGGACCACGCGAGCCGUCCGCUCUGGGCGUGCGCCGACGGCCGCAUCUUCCUCGAGACCUUCUCGCCGCUCUACAAGCAGGCUUACGAUUUUCUCAUCGCCAUCGCCGAGCCUGUGUGCAGGCCAGAAUCUAUGCAUGAAUACAAUCUAACUCCCCACUCAUUGUAUGCUGCGGUCUCAGUGGGACUUGAGACAAGCACUAUCAUCAGUGUCUUGAGUAAACUAUCUAAAACCAAGUUGCCCCGUGAAAUAAUUGAUUUCAUCCAUGGAUCAACUGCUAACUACGGCAAAGUCAAGCUUGUCUUGAAGAAGAACCGAUAUUUUGUCGAGUCUCCAUUUCCUGAGGUAUUGAGUACCCUUCUGAGGGAUGAAGUUAUAUCUAGAGCUAGGAUAUCUCCUGAGGAUUCCCUUGGGGCACCUUCAUUUACUGUUAGCAAGACAUCUGGCCAAAUAGCUAGUGGACAUGAAGACCUGUUAAAUGGAAUGGAAAUUGCUGCUGCAACUGAAGACAAGGAAACACAUUCUUUUGAGAUUGAUCCUUCUCAGGUUGAGAAUGUCAAGCAACGGUGCUUACCAAAUGCAUUGAACUAUCCCAUGCUGGAGGAGUAUGAUUUCAGAAAUGACACUGUAAACCCAGAUUUGGAUAUGGAGCUAAAGCCGCAAGCACGGCCUAGGCCAUAUCAAGAAAAGAGUCUCAGUAAAAUGUUUGGGAACGGACGAGCAAGGUCUGGAAUUAUUGUGCUACCUUGUGGUGCUGGCAAGUCCUUGGUUGGUGUAUCUGCAGCCUGUCGUAUUAAGAAGAGCUGUUUAUGUUUGGCCACAAAUGCUGUCUCCGUAGAUCAAUGGGCAUUUCAGUUCAAGCUUUGGUCGACCAUAAAAGAUGAGAACAUUAGUCGUUUUACAUCUGAUAACAAGGAGAAGUUUACAGGGAUGGCUGGUGUGGUUGUUACUACAUAUAACAUGGUUGCAUUCGGUGGUAAAAGGUCUGAAGAUUCGGAGAAGAUCAUUGAAGAAAUCCGAAACAGAGAGUGGGGCUUGCUUCUAAUGGAUGAGGUCCAUGUUGUCCCUGCACAUAUGUUCAGAAAAGUCAUCAGCAUUACUAAAUCUCACUGCAAGCUGGGUCUUACUGCUACCCUUGUGAGAGAGGACGAACGUAUUACUGACCUGAAUUUUCUAAUUGGACCAAAACUGUAUGAAGCGAAUUGGUUGGAUUUAGUCAAAGGUGGAUUUAUUGCAAAUGUGCAGUGUGCAGAAGUAUGGUGUCCUAUGACCAAAGAGUUCUUUGCUGAGUAUUUGAAAAAGGAAAAUUCAAAGAAGAAGCAGGUACUGUAUGUCAUGAAUCCGAACAAGUUCAGGGCUUGUGAAUUCCUGAUUCGAUUCCAUGAGCAACAACGUGGAGACAAGAUAAUUGUGUUUGCUGAUAAUCUGUUUGCACUAACUACUUAUGCGAUGAAACUGCGCAAGCCAAUGAUUUUUGGUGCCACAAGCCAUGCUGAGAGGACAAGAAUUCUCUACCAAUUCAAGAACAGUCCAGAAGUCAAUACAAUUUUUCUUUCAAAGGUCGGUGAUAACUCGAUUGAUAUCCCAGAAGCUAAUGUUAUCAUACAAAUAUCAUCUCACGCUGGUUCGAGACGUCAAGAAGCUCAGCGUCUGGGCCGUAUUCUCAGAGCAAAGGGUAAACACCAAGAUAGGAUGGCUGGAGGAAAAGAAGAAUACAAUGCUUUUUUCUAUUCCCUUGUAUCAACUGACACACAGGAAAUGUACUACUCAACAAAAAGGCAGCAGUUUCUUAUUGACCAGGGAUAUAGCUUCAAGGUUAUCACUAGUUUGCCGCCGGCUGAAGAAGGACCUAAUCUGAGCUAUUACACACUUGAUGAACAACUUGAGCUCUUGAGCAUGGCGCUGAAUGCAGGGGAUGACAUGAUUGGUGUUGAGCGCUUAGAAGAAGAUUCUGAUGGCAAGGCUCUUAUUAGAGCACGACGCUCUGCCGGAUCAAUGAGUGCCUUCUCUGGAGCUGGUGGAAUGGUCUACAUGGAGUACAGCACUGGGAAGGGAAAGGGUGUUCAGAAGAAACACAAGGACCCGUCAAAGAGGCAUCAUCUGUUCAAGAAACGCUAUGCGUAGCCUGUUGUGCUUUGCUAGAAAUGAUUUGGUUCAUGACAACCUUGUUUUGGCAUCAAAGUCGUUGGUUUAAACACACAAGCCCAUGUUAUGCACAGUUGUUGCUCUUGGUUAGGACCAUCCUAAAGCAAUUGUUUUCUCUGUUUGAGCAAGGUUACUGAGCUACUGUAGCGAAGAACAAUUUUGGUCUCAGGUUUACACAUGCUGCUUAAAGUUGGCAUACCCGGCUUUCGGGCGGGACAACAGGACGUGUCUUCUUGAAUUGCCUUGUAUUAUACAAGUAUAAACAAACAAACGCUAAAUCGCAACGCUUCUUAUGUGCUGCUGGUUCUGGCGUGCUGUAUUUCACCUGAUUAGUUUCCGAUCAUCUUGUGUAUGAUGCGGGAUUGUCUAUGGUUCUUCCUAUGGUUCAGUUCCAUAAUUUGUAAUGGAUUACGACUAACAAUGUAGUAUUUGCUCGGUUUUUAAUCA